AUGUUCAAACUGGUUGUAUUCACCGCGCUCUUGGCCGUCGCCGCUGCUGCUCCUGGCUUCAUCGGUGCCCCUUUUGCCGCGCCGUACGCAUAUGGACACGGCAUAGUCUCCGCUCCUUUGAUCAGCACUGGCGUUGUCAAGACCGCCUUACCCGUCGCUACUUCUUACUCUAACUCUGUUCGGCUCUCGAGUCCUACUGUAGUAGCUGCGCACGCUCCAAUUGUUGCUGCCCACGCUCCUAUUGUCACUGCUCACGCUCCUAUCGUCGCUGCCCCCGCAUACGCCCACGCCUGGUAA